CGGUAUCGAAAGACUUUUGAAAUCUUGGUCCAUAGAAUUUGAUAACCGCAAUUGUAAGAAUCAUGCAAUCUAAGCAAUGUUUAAAUUAUUGUUCAAGGUGAUCAUGUCAUCUAGUUAAUUUAUAUAACACGUGCUCCUUCCCCCAUGAAGGUCUACGAAUGUUGGUAUGCAGCUCAACACAAUUAAAUAGUACCCCCCAACCCAGCUAAGCAUUUUCUUUUGAGUCAAGAUUCCAAUAUCACUCCAAAAACAAAGCAAAGCAACUAUAUACUACUAUAUAGUUUUGGUCCAUCCGUGUCUAUCUUUUCUGAUAUGAUCCAAAUCUUACACAACAAAUAAAAUAAUUCUCUUCAUUCUAUAGUCAACCGUUCGGAUUAUUUUAACUUAUGCACGUACAAUGCACGAUAAGCUCUCUCUAUUCACUAUUCUAUUUAUACAGUUCUCUCAUUACAACAAAGUAUCUCACAUACACAAUUUAUGUUAAGUUAAAAAAACCACUACCAAGAGGCAAGAACAAAUUCAUGGUGAAGCUUACAAGACUUUUCUUGUCCUUGAUUUCAAGCUUCCUCAUCCUCUUCUACACUUCAACCACAGCACAGACAACCAUCCCUAGGCGUUCCCGGACUCGGGCCUACAUCGAAGUAUCAUGUCAGAUCACAGAGUACCAGGACCUAUGCAUCCGAAGCCUGACUGCAUACAUCCACAGCUCUAACACGACGAUAUUAAGCCCUCGACAACUAGUCCACUACGCGUUGUUGGCGAGCCAGCACAGGGCGCAACACACAACAACCUUCCUUCUCCAAGUGUCCAAGCCACUCGUCAAGGCCAAGAAGGAGAGAGAAUACCAAGCCGUUAAAGACUGCUUGGAACAGAUAGACAUGUGUGUGGAUCAACUCAGCAUGUCCAUCAAGGAGCUCCGCCAAUUGGGGCGUGAAGAAACCACGAGAGAGAACGUGGAUUGGCACAUAGGGAAUGUGGAGACUUGGGUUGGCUCUGCUUUGACUGAUGCAACCACUUGUCUUGAUGAGUUUCCUGCGGGUGUGAGAAUGAGUAAGAUGAAGGCUACGGUUAAGGCAAAGGUGUUGAAUGUGGCUCAGGUCACUGAAAACGCUCUGGCCUUGUUUCACCACUUUGUUGUAAGGCAUCGAGCCCCUGGCCCUCCUCAGAAACCAUAGUACUUCCUUCCUAAUUUGCUUUUGAUGAACUAGUAUAAUAUAUGCAUGUACUCUAUGUAUGUAUAGUCUUAACUAGCUCUGGAUUAAUCAGCUGAGUUCUUAAUUAUAUGGAUCAAAUACUACUUAUGCUUCUUUAAUUAUUUAUUUAAUUAAUUUUGUGUUGAUUUUAAUUGUUAAUGUAUUAUCUAAUUGAUUAUUCA